AUGGCAAGAAGACAUUUACUCUUUGUUUAUAUUAUUUUCUGCACCAGUAAUGGACCACAGAUGCAACCAGCUAAUCGUGAUGGCGGGAUGGGUGGAGGUGGCAUGGGCGAUGGUGGUGGCAUGAUGAACGGUGGUGGUGGCAUGAUGAACGGUGGUGGUGGUGGCAUGAUGAACGGUGGUGGUGGUGGCAUGAUGAACGGUGGUGGUGGUAUGAUGAACGGUGGUGGUGGUAUGAUGAACGGUGGUGGUGGUAUGAUGAACGGUGGUGGUGGCAUGAUGAAUGCUGAUGGUGGCAUGAUGAAUGGUGGUGGCAUGAUGAACGGUGGUGGUGGUAUGAUGAACGGUGGUGGCGGUAUGAUGAACGGUGAUGGUAUGAACGGUGGUGGCAUGAUGAACGGUGGUGGUGGUAUGAUGAACGGUGGUGGCGGUAUGAUGAACGGUGAUGGUAUGAACGGCGGUGGUAUGAACGGUGGUGGUAUGAACGGCGGUGGAAUGAACGGUGGUGGUAUGAACGGUGGUGGUAUGAACGGCGGUGGUAUGAACGGUGGUGGUAUGAACGGUGGUGGUAUGAACGGUGGUGGUAUGAACGGCGGUGGAAUGAACGGUGGUGGUAUGAACGGUGGUGGUAUGAACGGCGGUGGUAUGAACGACGGUGGAAUGGGCGGUGGAAUGAACGGUGAUGGUAUGAACGGUGGUGGUAUGAACGGUGGUGGUAUGAACGGUGGUGAUGGAAUGAUGGCUGCUGAUGGUGGUGGUAUGAACGGUGGUGAUGGCAUGAUGGCUGCUGAUGGUGGUGGUAUGAACGGUGGUGAUGGCAUGAUGGCUGCUGAUGGUGGUGGUAUGAACGGUGGUGAUGGCAUGAUGGCUGCUGAUGGUGGUGGUAUGAACGGUGGUGAUGGCAUGAUGGCUGCUGAUGGUGGUGGUAUGAACGGUGGUGAUGGCAUGAUGGCUGCUGAUGGUGGUGGUAUGAACGGUGGUGAUGGCAUGAUGGCUGCUGAUGGUGGUGGUAUGAACGGUGGUGAUGGCAUGAUGGCUGCUGAUGGUGGUGUUGUGGCCGUUGCUGCAGAUUUCGUAAUGAAGGAUGCGGUUGAUAGCAUAGAUUGUAAUCGAGACAAGAUUUGGGUGAAUGGUCAGUGUAAACCGGACUUUUUGGAGAUUGAAAGCGAAACAGCGAUGUCAAAAUUGGAACCGCUUAAUUCAUACAAAAUCCAAAAUUCAGAAGGUAAUAGAGAUUUGAUGUCGAUGUGUUACAAAUUUGAAAAUUCCCUUAUAAUUUUGUAA